AUGGCCGCCAUCACUGAAGCAACCUAUAAAGCUAGUUCAGAUUAUCUCAUUUCAAAAUUGCCAGAAGAUUUUCAUACAGUUAAAUUAGGUGUUAUUUGUGGAUCUGGUUUGGGUGGUUUAGUCGAUACGAUUGAUCCAACAACCAAGGUCGAAUUUUUAUAUAAGGAUAUUCCUGGUUUUGUUGCUAGCACAGUUGUUGGACAUGCGGGUAAACUUGUAUUUGGUCAUUUAGGAGAAUCUCGCACACCUACUGUAUUUAUGGUAGGUCGUUAUCAUUUUUAUGAAGGUUAUACAAUGCUUCAAUGCACUUUCCCUGUUCGUGUGAUGGCUCUUAUGGGAAUUCAGUAUCUCAUUGUUACAAAUGCAGCUGGAGGACUUUCAUCUGAUCAUAAAGUAGGAGAUUUGAUGAUUAUUAAUGAUCAUUUUUCGAUGCCCGGGAUGGUAGGUAACAAUCCACUUGUUGGACAUAACUUUGAUUCAUUUGGCACCCGAUUUCCCGCAGUUUCAGAUGCUUAUACAUAUGCACUUCGUAAAUUAGCUUUUAAAGCUGCAUUCGAAGUGGGAAUCAAGACUGAAGAUAUUCGUGAAGGUGUCUAUGCAAUGGUUUCCGGGCCUAGUUUUGAAACUCGUGCCGAGGCUCGUUAUUUGGCUACGAUUGGUGCAGAUGCAGUUGGCAUGUCAACCGUACCUGAAGUUGUCAUUGCCCGUCAUGCGGGUAUUAAAGUCUUGGGUAUCAGUUUAAUUACAAAUGAUGUAGUGAGAGCAAGGGGUAAAGAUGCUAAAUUAGAAGUCUUGCAAGAAAUGGGAUUAUCAACUGAAGUAGAUCCUGAAGAAGACACCGAAAAAUCAUUUGCUAAUCAUGCAGAAGUUUUGGAAACAAGUGCAAUGAGAUCAAAUGAUUUGCAGCGUUUAGUUACCCGUUUCACUGAUUUAUUAGCUGAAUCAACAAAAGAAAAUUAA